GGAAUCUGGGCAGCGGCCGGGCUCUGUGGCUUCAGGGCUCGGAGAGAGAGAGGGAGGGUGGCUAAGAGAGUGAGUCUGUGCUGCCAACCGCCUAAGAAGAGAGGAGGGGUCCCGCCUGCCUGCGCCCUUCGCGGGCCGAGAGCGCGAGGCACCCGCGAACCUUUGAGGCCUCAGGCCCCUGGGGACCCCGCCCCGCCGCCGGCCGGCCGGCCCGUGGCCUCUCUUCCCUUUGUGAGCGCCCCCUUCCCAGGGGUGGUGGUGGUAGUGGAGGGUUGUGCCUCGGCCCGCCCGCCGAGGGGCCGCGGCGGGGAACCGAGAGGGCCUCGGCUGUGUGAGGACAGGAGGCGGCCGAGGCCCGAGCCGGUUCCCCGGAGGCGGCGGCGGCGGCUCCCGGCACUUCCCCGCGCCAUCUUAGCUGAGCCUAAGCGCUGAGGGCGCCUCCUCGACCCCGGUCGUCCCCUCGCCCCCCCCCCCCCGCCCCUCGUCGCAGAGCUAGGGCUGGGCGGCUUGCUGGGGCUCCGGGGGGGGGGGCGGCAGUCUGUCGCCUGGCCCCCUCCUCCUCCUCCUCCUCCUCACUCCUGGAGCUCCAGCGCAGCGGCUACCCAAGCGCUGCAGGGGGCUACGCCUGCCUACUCCGCCCCAGACCUGUCGGCUAAAGGUUUAUGCCAGCGUGGCUUUAUUCAUACAGAUGAACCAAGGAUUGGGAUAGCAGUAUAAAAAUCAGAUAGCUGAUUGCCCAGCAGGAUGCCAUCAACUAACCGUGCGGGCAGCCUGAAGGACCCUGAAAUUGCAGAGCUCUUCUUCAAAGAAGAUCCAGAGAAGCUCUUCACAGAUCUCAGAGAAAUUGGCCAUGGAAGCUUUGGAGCAGUGUAUUUUGCACGAGAUGUGCGCACCAAUGAAGUGGUGGCUAUCAAGAAAAUGUCUUAUAGUGGAAAGCAGUCCACUGAGAAAUGGCAGGAUAUUAUUAAGGAAGUCAAGUUUCUGCAAAGAAUAAAACAUCCCAACAGUAUAGAAUAUAAAGGUUGCUAUUUACGCGAGCACACAGCAUGGCUUGUAAUGGAAUAUUGUUUAGGAUCAGCUUCAGAUUUACUAGAAGUUCACAAAAAGCCAUUACAAGAAGUGGAAAUAGCAGCAAUUACACAUGGUGCUCUCCAGGGAUUAGCCUACUUACAUUCUCAUACCAUGAUCCAUAGAGAUAUCAAAGCAGGAAAUAUCCUUCUCACAGAGCCAGGCCAGGUGAAACUUGCUGACUUUGGAUCUGCUUCCAUGGCAUCUCCUGCCAAUUCUUUUGUGGGAACGCCAUAUUGGAUGGCCCCAGAAGUAAUUUUAGCCAUGGAUGAAGGACAGUACGAUGGCAAAGUAGAUGUAUGGUCUCUUGGUAUAACAUGUAUUGAACUAGCCGAAAGGAAGCCUCCCUUAUUUAAUAUGAAUGCAAUGAGUGCCUUAUAUCAUAUAGCCCAAAAUGAAUCCCCUACACUACAGUCUAAUGAAUGGUCUGAUUAUUUUCGCAACUUUGUAGAUUCUUGCCUCCAGAAAAUCCCUCAAGAUCGCCCUACAUCAGAGGAACUUUUAAAGCACAUGUUUGUUCUUCGGGAGCGCCCUGAAACAGUGUUAAUAGAUCUUAUUCAGAGGACAAAGGAUGCAGUAAGAGAGCUGGACAAUCUGCAGUAUCGAAAGAUGAAGAAACUCCUUUUCCAGGAGGCACAUAAUGGACCAGCAGUAGAAGCACAGGAAGAAGAAGAGGAACAAGAUCAUGGUGUUGGACGGACAGGAACAGUGAAUAGUGUUGGAAGUAAUCAGUCUAUUCCCAGUAUGUCCAUCAGUGCCAGUAGCCAAAGCAGUAGUGUUAACAGUCUUCCCGAUGCCUCAGAUGACAAGAGUGAGCUAGACAUGAUGGAGGGUGACCACACAGUGAUGUCUAAUAGUUCUGUCAUCCAUUUAAAACCUGAGGAAGAAAAUUACAGAGAAGAGGGAGAUCCUAGAACAAGGGCAUCAGAUCCACAGUCUCCGCCCCAAGUAUCUCGUCAUAAAUCACACUACCGUAAUCGAGAACACUUUGCUACUAUUCGGACAGCAUCACUGGUUACAAGGCAAAUGCAAGAACACGAGCAGGACUCUGAACUUAGAGAACAGAUGUCUGGCUAUAAGAGAAUGAGGCGACAACAUCAAAAGCAGCUAAUGACUCUGGAAAAUAAGCUAAAGGCUGAGAUGGAUGAACAUCGCCUUAGAUUAGACAAAGAUCUUGAAACACAGCGUAAUAAUUUUGCUGCAGAAAUGGAGAAACUUAUCAAGAAACAUCAGGCUGCUAUGGAAAAAGAGGCUAAAGUGAUGGCCAAUGAGGAGAAAAAAUUUCAGCAACAUAUUCAGGCCCAACAGAAGAAAGAAUUGAACAGCUUUUUGGAGUCCCAGAAAAGAGAAUAUAAACUUCGAAAAGAACAGCUUAAAGAGGAGCUGAAUGAAAAUCAGAGCACCCCCAAAAAAGAAAAACAGGAGUGGCUUUCAAAGCAGAAGGAAAACAUACAACAUUUCCAAGCAGAAGAGGAGGCUAAUCUUCUACGGCGUCAGAGACAAUACCUAGAGCUGGAAUGCCGUCGCUUCAAGAGAAGAAUGUUGCUUGGGCGACAUAACUUAGAGCAGGACCUUGUCAGGGAGGAGUUAAAUAAAAGGCAGACUCAAAAGGACUUAGAGCAUGCCAUGCUGCUGCGACAGCAUGAAUCUAUGCAAGAACUGGAGUUCCGCCACCUCAACACAAUUCAGAAGAUGCGCUGUGAGUUGAUCAGAUUGCAGCACCAAACUGAGCUCACUAACCAGCUGGAAUAUAAUAAGCGAAGAGAACGAGAACUGAGGCGAAAGCAUGUCAUGGAGGUUCGACAACAGCCUAAGAGUCUGAAGUCUAAAGAACUCCAAAUAAAAAAGCAGUUUCAGGACACCUGCAAAAUACAAACCAGACAGUACAAAGCAUUAAGAAAUCACCUACUGGAAACUACACCAAAGAGUGAGCACAAAGCUGUUCUGAAACGGCUCAAGGAAGAGCAAACCCGGAAGUUAGCCAUCUUGGCUGAACAGUAUGACCAUAGCAUUAAUGAAAUGCUCUCCACACAAGCUCUACGUUUGGAUGAAGCACAGGAAGCAGAGUGCCAGGUUUUGAAGAUGCAGCUGCAGCAGGAACUGGAGCUGUUAAAUGCAUAUCAGAGCAAAAUCAAGAUGCAAGCUGAGGCACAACAUGAUCGAGAGCUUCGGGAACUUGAACAGAGGGUCUCUCUCCGCAGGGCACUCUUAGAACAAAAGAUUGAAGAAGAAAUGUUGGCUUUGCAGAAUGAACGCACAGAACGAAUACGAAGCCUGCUAGAACGUCAAGCCAGAGAAAUUGAAGCUUUUGACUCUGAAAGCAUGAGACUAGGUUUUAGUAACAUGGUCCUUUCUAAUCUCUCCCCUGAGGCAUUCAGCCACAGCUACCCGGGAGCUUCUGGUUGGUCUCACAAUCCUACUGGGGGUCCAGGACCUCACUGGGGUCAUCCCAUGGGUGGCCCACCACAGGCUUGGGGCCAUCCAAUGCAAGGUGGACCCCAGCCAUGGGGUCACCCCUCAGGGCCAAUGCAAGGGGUACCUCGAGGUAGCAGUAUGGGAGUCCGCAAUAGCCCUCAGGCUCUAAGGCGGACAGCUUCUGGGGGACGGACGGAACAGGGCAUGAGCAGAAGCACGAGUGUCACUUCACAAAUAUCCAAUGGGUCACAUAUGUCUUAUACAUAACUUAAUAAUCGAGAGUGGCAAUUCCGCUGGAGCUGUCUGCCAAAAGAAACUGCCUACAGACAUCGUCAUAGCAGCCUCCUCACUUGGGUACUACAGUGUGGAAGCUGAGUGCAUAUGGUAUAUUUUAUUCAUUUUUGUAAAGCAUUCUGUUUUGUGUUUACUAAUUGGGGUGUCAUAGUAUCUGGCUGCCGGGUUUUGUUGUUGUGUGUUUUGUUUUUUUAAACUUUUGGAGAAAUUUUGAAAAGGAGAAUUAAUAUGUAUGUGUGUAUACACACAUACACACAUAUAUAUUAUGCAUGUGGUUACAAGAAAUUGGCUAGAUAAGGGGGUAUUUUCUGAACACUGCAAAAAUGGAAUGCAGUAAUGUGGCUUGAGUCAUCACUUUUGGGCAAUUAUAUCCUAAGAAGUUUGUGAAAACAUCUAAAACUUUUCUCCAUACCCCAAAUGCUUAUAAGCCACUCACAGCAGGCAGCAUAUGCUGAAACAAGUUAUUAUGGAAACAUAUCUGUAUCCCCUCACCAAUGUAUUUUCUUUAUUAAAUUGGUCUGACUUCUCAGCCUCAUUUGGAGUAAAAAAGAAUGCAGAAAUCCAUGAACACUAAAGGGUUGCAUUGACUUUUUCAGAGAGUAGAAAACAACUUAGUUCUUUUUCCAAAUGCUGCCUAAAAGUUUUUGUCAGUGAUUUUUUUUUUUUUUUUUUUGGUCCAUUCAAUUGUGCCUUCUUUGUGGCAUGGUGAGAUGGAGGUGCUUAAGGAGAUCACAAGUUGUAUGGGAAUUGCUUCAACGAACCUAUGAGCCUUUAAAGGGGAAGACCAGAAGGGUGAGAGAGAUCCCUGAAAGUUCAUAUGGUGGGUAGGUUCAGCAGCAGAAUGAGGAGAUGAAGCCUAUAUAUCCUGACAUUUUGUUGCUCAUACUGUGAUAGCUCAUCCUAGCUGAGCUCUGUAACUCCCAAGACCCCAAACAGUACUUUUACUUUGUUUGUGCAAAAACAAAGACGUAUAGCCAAUACAAAUCAAAUGCCAGAGGUAUUUGAAUGAUGCCAUAUUUGCAAACUGCCAUCUCUUGGAAUUCUCACCACACUACAUAGACAUAAUUUGAUUACCCCCUUUUGGCUUAUGGGAUUUCCUGUUUACAAGUAGAAUAGCCAAUUAUUUAAAUAUUUAGUUGCCAUAGUGAACCAGGAGUCACUGAGCCAAUGACUUUACCAGCUGCUGACUAAUCCUCAUCACCACUGUAGAUUUUGCUGCAUGUGCAGGUCCUUUUUUUUUUUUUUUUUUUUAAUUGCUGUUUUUGUUGCUGCAAUACUUUACAAACUUCUAGUUCCUUGAGACUUAGUGACCAUUUGGCAUCGUGUUAACAUCAUACAGUAAGAAACACCACUUGCAGAAGUCUCUAGCCUCCGUGCUAAAGUACUACUGAAAAGGAACUAGCAAGUUUGGCAAAUAUAAAAAGAAAAAAAAUAAGUAAGUUAUAGUGGUCAGGGAAUCUCUUGACAAAAGCUAACUUUUUUUUUUUUUUUCCCACAGAGGGGUAUGUUUUGUUAUGUUUUGUUUUGUAAUGAAGGAUCGACCCAAUGCUGAAAGUUAGGUGUUACUUGGUAUUCCACCACUAGUGUGGAAAUUGAGUUGAAGGUGGGUAGGAAGCUGUGAGUAUGACCUGAAGGAAAAAAACGUUAUUUCCAGUGAUAGAUCAGAGUUUCUUACAAGUUAUCAUCUUGCCCCCUCCCUUGUCUUCAAGAACCCUUGCUGCUAACUCUGAUCCUGCUUUUCAUAUAGUCAGAGGACUCCAAGGUACAAUUCUCUAAGUCCUUCUCAGUGAUACUGUUCACAUAGACCAGACUAAUGACCAAACAGUAAUCUAUAACUGUUGAAAUCUUGGUUUUCAAAAUCAAAUUUAAGUCUUCCCCCAGGUACAUCACUCUAAUCUCCAUGAAUCCUCCCUCCACCUUAGGAGUUUCUGGCAUUCACGUAAAGGUAACUGGAAGAAAAAUUGAUAUUUUAAUGUAAUUUUUUAAAAACCAAGAUUACGGUAAGAAUUCAUACACACUUUUAGGCAGUAUUUCAGGUAACGCUCUGGUAUAUUGUCCUCUUGGCCAUGCUUGAGACACCAGUUUUUAGGUGAACAUGUCAUGUACUUACUUGUCAGUCUAAUGAAUGGGGCAUUUAAUUUUCUCAGUAUCUUUUUUGCAUUCACCUAUUCAAGCAAAUUGAGUUAUCUACCUAUUUGGAUAAAAAUGAUAGGAGAGAGCUUUAGAAUUAAUUUAAAAAUAUAAUGAAUUUGAUGCCUUUAAAAAAAUUGUUAUUAGAUCUGGCCCCUCUAUACUACUGGAGGGGUGGAAUAAGGGUGCAGAUCAGUUUUACAUACAAAACCUUAAAAAUACUACCAGUGAUACAUGUUAAAGUCCAGUCCACUUGUGGACUUCAUGUAGUCAAAGUGAGUUACUGAGUUCAUGCAGAUCAUAUGUACUUGUAAAAUUGUGAUUGAAUACUGGCUCCAAAUGUCUAUACAAUAGGUCUCUGUAACUGAUUUAAUUGUGGGCAACCAGUUUUGCAUGAGGGUCAUGACUAUACCUGGAUUAUUCCAUUAAGUUAAUUUUAAUUAAAAUAUAUAUAUAGUUUGCAAAAAAUGGUUCAGAUUAAUUGAUUUGUGUGUGUUUGCAAGAUCUGACCUCUGAGGAAUCUCACACAUGGUAGGAGUCUUCAAGGAGUAAAGCUUGUGGCAGGAAAAUUUGAAAGGUUUUGAGAGAUCCUAAAGAAAGAAGUAGGCACUUUCUGAAUCAGACGUCAGCAUUUGAUCAGAUUACUACUACCUCCUCCCCAGUGUUGGUGUUCACUUGGUAUAUAUGUGUUUAAGAAAAUAAAAAGUAUGGGAAAUUUGUCCUUCAUAUCAGAAAGUUGUAAAUGCUAUGUCUGGUAUCCAGAGCUUGGCAGUAAAAAGUUUUUUGUGUUCGCUGUAUCUCCCUUUUUUAAGUUAGUAUUUAAAAAAUGCAAAACCUCAUACUUUGAAAUAUAUUGUUCCAUUGUUCCUAAUUGGGUUCCCUUCCUUUUGCCCAUAUUUUUUCCCCUUAUUAAAGUCAGCUCUAACCCCAAGUUAAAGUAUCUGAAAGUAUUUUCAUUUUAUAGGUAAUGUUAGCUGGAAAAUGUGUUUAUAUUAUUUUUAUUCAGAACUGCCAUUCUUUUUUAGUCAUUUCUGUGCCUAGAGAUGAAUAGUCCUGCCUUUGAAGCCACAACCACAGACCCACAGAUAUAGUAUGCUUGGUACUCUAGGCCCAGGAUUUAUUGGUAAGUUGAAGUUUUUUAGCAUAGUUAUGAUUUUCAGCUGCCCAGACAUCAGGUAAAUACCAUUCAUUACACUAAAGAAACUGUCCUUGACUCUCUCCCCACUCCCACCUAUUUUUCUCACCCCCUUUUCCAAAAUUGAAAACUCUAUGAGUGUCUUUUUCAGACCAUAAGGCAGACUUUAGUAACUUUCUACUUCUUUAAGUACUAAAUGUCUGGCAUUUUAACUUUUAUAGAAUACAUUGUGUUGGACACUGGAAUAAUACUGUUUAUUUUCACCUGUGAAAAAUGACUAUUGUACUUGAAACACCUCCUUUGCAUUUCUCUAUUUGUGCCAUUCACUAGUGGAAAUAAAUUGUAUUAUACCAUAAUCUACUGGCUUUUUAAAACUGUGUUAAAUAUGCACAUUUUGGUAUAGUUAUUAUCAUUUGUAUGUAUAUAUUGUAUAUACAUAUGAGUGUCUAUAUGUGUGUAUAGAUAGAUGGUUAUAACUCAUACUGUACAUUUCCAUCAGGGCACUUAAGGUUCUGUUACUUUGUUUUGUCAUUUCAGUCCUCAGUUAAGGCAGGAAUGCAUGUGUUUCUUAAGAAUGAGUACUCUGGGUUGAUAUUUAUGAGAAGGUGGUCCUGAGAUGCAGUCUUUUCUUUUUUAAUCCCCUCCUAGCACUUCUGUGGGUGGAAAGAAAGUAAAGUAAAAUGUGGAAUCAUAAGUUGCAACACAGUAAAAUAGUGCUGGGGAAGGAGCCAGUUAGUGUUUCUGUGAGUUCGUGUUGUAGAUACAAUGAAAGAUAAGUAAUGCAGAGAGAAAUGAACCAUGGAAAUUAAAACCACUGGUGGUGAUUCCUCUGCGAAGAUAAAGAGAGCCAAUAAAUCACAUAAUCUUGUGCACUCCGUACAUAUUUCUUAGUAGCAGUGCCAUCAAUCCUCUUACUCUUUUUACUCCAUCAGUACUGAUGACUGUAGAUUUUGCUAAGGACCAAAACAGCCAAGGGAGGAAUUACUGCUAAAGCACCUAAGGUUCUCCUAAACUAUAAAAUCAAUAGGAAAUGGCCACUGGGAGAGAAGGAUUUGGUAUUAGCACAGGGCUUUCUCCCUUUUGCUGCCUCUUCUUGCUUUCUAAUAGUAAGUUAUUCAUGCACCUUCCACUCUUUCAGAGGCACUACUAUUCAAGCAUAGAUUUGGCCCAACACAGCAACCCUUUCCUAGGAAGUUUAUAUGGUCCUGCGUUUUGUCCAUGCUCACAAUGUGAAGUGUCUAGCGUGUAUUCAAAUCAGAAAAUAAUAUAUUUAAGUUAUGUAAGUGUGAAUCUCCCAUAAUUUUGGAAGCAGAGGCUCUUGUUCCUUAGAAAACUGCCUUUUCUGAGGAACAGAUCCAAAACUUGGGCUGUCAUCUUGGAGCUGCUUACUAAACACAGAUCAUUAAUUAUUAAAGAGAAAAAAUUCUGUUUUCCCUCAACUAACAUGAUAGUGCCCCUAACCAGGUUAUAGCAUUGCCUUUGAAAAGGCACUUCCUCACUUUUAGUUGAGAACUGGAAAUUUUCCAUCCUCAGAUUCCUUAAAGGAUGAAGAGUGUGCUGUACACUUAGCAGACUUGCCUGUUGUAUGAAAGGACUACUGAUUGAAGUCUAUUUUGCUGUGUGUCUGGUUAUGUUGUCUGCACUUUUAUGAAAUCACUAUAAGUCUACAUUGGAAAUGACUAUUAAUUUGUAAAGUUUUAUUACACACUGUCUAGAAAAAGUAAAGUCGAGAACUCUUCCUUUAUUGUGCAUUUAUAUUUUCUACUGAAUUCUGGUAGCCCCCUUUAAAGUCACAUAUAAAAUCACAUUUAUAUUCAGAAUUCCAAAAUUUCACUUGUGCAAGGGAAGAGCAUCCAUUUGGCCUACUGGGAGUCUUCAUUUAGAUCAUAAGAAAUAUGAAAAUUAGUAUGCACCUUAUCUGCUUGUUAUGGGUUUCUUAAACUUGCACUUCCCUCUUUAAAUAAAGGCAGAGAAUUAAAUCUGGGGAGCCAUUUGCUGUGUCACCAUCACUGUUAACCAUUACCCAGCAAUCAUAACUUUUUGAAGUUUCAGAGGUUGUGUGUGUGUGUCUGUUGCGUUGGGUUUGUUUUGUUUUUCAAUACACGAGAUUCUUCUUUAAAUAGGUUAAUCCUCUCUGAAACAGGAUGCUCACUGGAUAUACUAAUCUGGAUACCUGUAGGUAGUUUGCCACGAAAAAAUGUAGAGAAGUUGAGAUUUGUGAAUGAAUGAAAAGGGUAUCUCAAUACCCAAGAAUCCCCCCCAAAGUACGGGUAAUUCAACCUGCACAGUUUCCUUUUCACUCAUAGUUUUUAGCAAUUGUGAGUGAAGAAAUCAUGUAAUUAUCUGUAAAUAUGUAGCUAACAAAUUGACCUAGUUUCUGUAUUUUUUUGUUUGUUUUUGUACUAAAGUUUCUAAGUCUGUGCCAGCUAGAGAGGAGUUGCUGUCAUUGCCAGUUGUGGUCCUAGCAUCUAACCCUGAAACCAUCCUAGGUGACAUUUUUAGAAUUAAGGCUUAAAUGUUGUUAAACAGGGGGAAAUUAAGCUUAAUCAUUGGUCAGUUUAAAAUCUUUUUGAGCAAAGUCAUUUUAUUUAAUAUAAUGAUUACACAUUCUCAAUCAUAAAUGAGGUAGGGAGCCUCCCUCCCCCAGUGGCCAUGUUUACAGAAGUGUGUUUUGUCUAUAAAGUACAAGAGUUUUAAUGUUUAUGUAAAUUAUGCAGGUGAUAACCUAUGGCUUGGAACUGUUUAUUGGGCUCUCUAGCUGAAUUUUCAAAUGAAAUGAACUAUGCUUAUUGCUGGCACAUUGAUCCUAUUUUCUGGAGCAUUUUUCCUAUUUCUAGAAUUACAUAUGUUCCUUUGUCAUUAUCCCUUGAUAUGCCUUGUAACCUAAGGUAUUAAAAGCUGGUUAACAUAGAUGAGGGAAAUGCGUUUUUUUAAAUCCAUGAACCUUCAUUGUAUGCUUUCAUUAUUCAUGUUAUAUGUUUCUACGGCAACUCUGAGGUCAGUGAAGUUUAGAAAUAAGAUACCAAUGUUAAUGAAAAGUGUGUACUCCUCUUGCUUUUGCACGGCUUGGCUUAGCAUCAGAGGUAUAUUAGGGCCACUUGAAAGCAUGAAGACAAGUUGUAUGGGAACAGGUUUCUCUCAGUAGCACAUUUGCUUUUUCUGAGCCCUCAAAUACAUUGCUUCAGCAUGAACAUUAUUGUUUAUAAACUGCACAUGGUCAUGGAAUGAAUUACGUGAUUUAAAAGGAUGUAACUGCUUAAUGUUCACAGAUUCUAGCUGGCCAUGUGACUAUUUGGCACAUAUCAAACCUGGCAGGAAAUAUUGGAACCCUUCUAACCCCUUUUUUAUCAUGGACACAAGUAUAUUUAGUUUAUUAAGUUGUUGGCUGCCCCUAGCAUGUUGCCAGAAUGCUCUUUUUUGGUGCCCAUUCCAAGUGUGCAUUCUUGCAUUUCAUAAUUUCAAAGAAACCACCACACCUUCUCCCCAAUAGCAUUUUAUGUGUCAUACCUUUUAUUCCACAUUAAAUGGGAAUUGUGCCUACUUAAGAGUGCCCCUCCAAUUAAUCAUAUACACACAUCCUAAAAUAAUCCAAGCCAGAGACACAGGUGGGAAAUUUUUUUUUAAAAAGUCCACGAGGCCAGUAACUUAUCUGACAAGGUAUUUUAUCACAUUAUCUUGACACUUGGUAUGUGAGCCUAUUAGAAGUUGCAGGGGGGUUCAUAGGGCAAAAUCCAAGUGGAGAGGGAUAUGUGGGGUUUCUAUUAAGAGAUAUUUUGUUGUUGUUUUACCUUUCCUUUUAUGAUCCUUCUCUGCUGGGUUAGAAUGGGUUAAUUCUUCAAAUUUAUUUUGUUUUUUAUCUUUUAGGGAAAUUUUUACAAAAGCAAAGGUGUGAUGUAAAUAACAUUUUGAAAGUAUAGUGCACAUAACUUCCACAGACUCUUCCAACUUGAUAAUCUGUAAAUGCUUUAGACUUUUUUUAAUUAACACUUGUGUUGCUAAAUCCUAUUUAUGUUUAUGUAAGUCUGUUAAAUUUUUUAACCCAUUUAAAACUUAAACAUUUAAAUAAUGGAUGGGUUACUCUGAGCAAUUGAGCUUUCAGAACCCCCUUGUUUUAGUAUAUGGAAAAGAUAGCCUAAUGCGAAUUAAUGAGGUUGGAGAGACUAUGAGAAAUAUGUAUAGUGUAUAUUUUAAAACAGCUUUGCUUGUAUUGUGAAGAUUUAAAAACAAACUUGAGAUUUUUAACAUAACAUAACUAUUAACACAGUUUUAACAUAAGUUAUCCCACUGGGUUUAAGAGCAUCUUGAAUGUAUAAUCCUUUUUGUAACCCAGGUUGGUUUCUGCUUUUACCAGUCAUCCAAACGUAUUAUUUAUGAUUUUAGUUUUAUAUACUCAUUUACUUUUAUUUUCCUCAACCAGCAUGAUUUUUUUGCACAUGUAUUGUAGAAAUUUUUAAAAAGAAAAAGUAAUACAUCAUUUUCUCUGGAUUUUCUUUACUUCUCUCUUCCUUUCUACUAACCCCUUACCUUAAAGGCCAUAUCGCUCCAUUUGCAUCAUUUGUGCAAAUGCCAGGGUUGGUUUUUAUUUUUAUUUUUGCUAUUUACCUAAAAGAAGAAAAAUGCUUCAGUCAGUUGCUUUUUUAUUUAAAAAAAGAAAAAAUAAAAGAAAAAAAGCUGUAACCUUAUCAUUUCUGAGUAGACCAUUGAGAGAUGAAUGCACACCUGUAAUAGCCUAGGACCAGUUUUGGUGGCUAAAGGGAAUAUUUUAACUAAGCAAGAAGUUCUGUUCUAAAAGUAGUAUAUAUUGUUCGCAGUUUUUCAGUUAUUCCCACAAGUCAGGGGUCCAGAUAAAAUGAGGGUUAUCAGCUAAUUGCUAUGUUAUCAUUGAGGUUCAUCAAUGAAUUUGUACAUUUCUAGUUCCCUUUGGUGAAGGGAAAAAGUGAUGAUUUUGCAAGACCUAGAUUUUUGGCUUGGUUUCUUGCCUCCUUUUUGGCAGCCUUCAUCUCAUCUCCAAAGCCCUUGAGCCUGUAGGGUUUUCGUGGUGGACGAAGGACCUGUGGUCUUUUAAAACUAGGACUGAUUUUUUUUUUUUUUUGCAAGAGAUUAUCAUGUUCAAAGUGAUAUUCUGCCACUUUACUGAAGACUAAUUUUAAAUUUAGACAGUCCUCUCAAUUUUCGGACCAAACAGAUACCCACAGUGGAGGCUUAUCAAGGGUUGCAAUGGGGAAGAAGCCUCUCUCCCUCACUGUCAGUACCAGCUGGUAAAGGUGACUGUACAGAUGUGCAUUUUCCUUUUGGUAGAAGUGGUCCGCAGCACUAACUGGUAAGGCUUAUUGUACAGUAUAUUGUCAGUAUUCUUCUGGUUCAACAUACCUUAUAGUUCAUAUAUAACCUGUAUUAAUUGUAUAGAUUGUGCAUUUAAAGCUGUUACCAAGUUGUCAGAACAUAAGAGCGAAAACAAGGUCAUAUGUAAUAUUUUGUUUGUAAGUAUCCUUUGUAUCAUAGCAAAGGAAAUGUUUAAAAAAUCAACUGUAAUAAAGUAAUUUUAGUACACA